AUGAAUCUCUGCUCAAACUGCUACGGCGAUCUCUGCCUCAAACAACAACAACAAGCCUCCAUGAAAUCAACCGUCGAAUCCUCUCUCUCCGCCGCAUCUCAUCCUCCUCCGUCUUCGGUAACCGAAUCAAUCUCCUCCUCCUCGUCAACGACGAUCGUACCAACGGAAUUACAGAUCCCGGCGACGACAACGGAGGAGAAACAGCAGCAGCCGCCGCAACGGCCGAAUCGGUGCACGGCGUGUAGGAAACGGGUCGGGUUAACCGGAUUCAUGUGCCGGUGCGGGACGACUUUCUGUGGGACCCAUAGGUACCCGGAGGUUCACGGAUGCACGUUCGAUUUCAAAUCGGCGGGUCGUGAGGAGAUCGCGAAGGCUAACCCUUUGGUUAUAGCCGCGAAGCUAAACAAGAUAUGA